AAAAGAAACUACUGCUCUCUCCAUCUCAUUGUUUACUAAAACCAUUUUCAACCAUUUUUCCGAAGAAAUAUGUUAAAUUCGUAAAUUAUGUUCUUCAGAAUUAUUUUUUUAUACACCAUAAUUAUAUUGAUUCAUCAAAAAGAGUAUGCUAUGGAUCUUAUAUCAGAGGAGUGUAAUUUGAAGUCAGAAUGGGGUUUCUGGCGUUGUCCGGGUGUUGGUCGAAAAUGUAGUAGUCAGUUUGCUUCACGUUACAAAUGCAUUGGUGGCGAUUGUACUAUUGACAGUCCAUGUGCUAGACUUGAAAAACACAAUCAAACAGAUUCUUGUACUAAAAUCCUUCAGCUUGGAGAAUGUGUACCCUGGUGGGUUAAUUGGUCACCGUGGUCUAAGUGCACAGCAACAUGUGGAUCAACUGAAAAACAUCGUUUCCGUGCCUGCGUUGGAGCGUUCACUCGACAUAGUCAUAAACAAGAAAUACAAGAAUCAAUUUCAAAAUCAUGUUCAUCUAUUAAGAGAGCACAUGACAGCGUUGAAACAGUUCCUUGUCCAAUAAGUCGUUUAUGUCCCAUAGUUGGAGGUGGCUGGGGUGAUUGGAGUGAAUUCUCUGCAUGUUCAGUUACUUGUGGAGUGGGAAAACGUAUACGUCGCCGUCAGUGUAACAGACCAAGGCCUGAAGGUGGUGGCUUAUACUGUCAGGGUAGUGACUUUCAAGAGGUAAUUUCAAAUGUUACAUGUGAAGGUUAUGUUCCAUGCCCUCAAACGGGGCAGUGGUGCCCGUGGUCACCAGUUGUCCAACAAUGCACCCACAACUGUGGACUACAUGGAAUGGGACUCAGGUUACGUCGCUGUGCAUGCCCAAAACCAUCUCACGGUGGAUCAGACUGUAAAAUCCCACCAGAAGCAGCAGAAAUAGCGAAUUAUGAAAGGGCUAAGGCAUCUAGCAAUAGUCCUGACGCUCCCAAAGGAUUUGAGAUUGAAACAAUAGCUAAAGGUGAAGGAUUAUGGGUACCGUGCAAUCGUCAUCAUUGUCCAUAUUUGAGAACGCUAGAUGUUAAUGAAGAACCACUCAUUUCACAAGAUCUAAUUCUUCAAAAACCUGAAGAUACCUGGAUUUGGUCAGGUGGAAUACCACAGAAACUUAACGGUCCUGUUCACUUAUUCUGUCCACGAUCUCAUACUUCCCGUAAAGAAGUAUUUGAUAAACCAGAGCGUUUUCCUAAGUCAAAAUCUUACUGGACUCGUUCCAUACCAACUUCUUCGAAGGAAUCAUAUGAUAAUCCAGGAGAGCCAGUAGAAAAUACGAAACUCAUUCUUGUUGAGGGUGAUCAUCUGACUAUUCGCAAACUCGAACCAUCAACUAUGGGAAUUUAUAGAUUUGGUUAUGAAUAUGAACCUGGGUACUUUGAAACAGUUUGUUUCUUUCCGGUUUACAUUCAGAAUUGGCAACAAACAUUACCUCACGGAAUAACUUUUGAUCUAGUUUGUAAUUCAUUGGGAUUGUGGCCUAUAAUUAGUAAGCCUACAACAGGUAGAUGGUACACUUAUUGGAAUGUCACUUUAAUAAAAGAGAUGAAAGAUAUCGAAAAACAAAACUUGUGGUGGUACACAGAAUUGAAAAUGCCUGAUAUUACUCAAAAAGGAGAAAGUAUCCCAGAUACCAAUGAAACAAGCAAUAUUUCAACAUACGGAACAGGAUUGACUGUGUGGGAUACAGAAUACAGAAGAAUUUAUGAUACUGUGGAAACAAUGACAGGAUAUUAUGAAUGUCAGGUAUACAAUCAAGUUAAUGCCACUUAUAGUAGAAUAUUUACCACACAAUCAUUAUAUCUCGUGAUAAAACCAGCUCCGGAUUUAUGGACUUUAGUAAAAGAAUGGUGCAUCCAACAUAAAGUCGGUUUGAUUGUAAUAUUUACUGUUGCCAUCAUAAGUAGCAUAGCAUACGGAAUAUGUUUAUGGAUAAAAGCUAGAAAGUUAGCUAGACUAGAACUUCAGGUUAAAGAGGCUAGAAAUGAAAGACAAAUUAGAAAACUUCAUGAAAUCGAUGCAUCAACAAAGUGAAAACGUAGCACUUUUAAGCAAUAUACUCUUUAUCUUUCUACACUUAAGCAAAUACACACUUGAUCAUCAGUUGCCUUUUCAAACUUAAACAAAAGUACACAGUCGAUUCCCAAUGAUCAAUUAAGAAAUACAUUGUUGUUUGAAAAAGAGUAUAAAAAAUAUCAUGAAC